GGUCUUGGGCUGUUUGCAGCGCGUGACAUUGAGAAGCAGACCAUGGUGAUUGAAUACAUGGGGGAUAUUCUGCGCGCUGAGGUGGCCAUGGGGAAAGAGCUGCUGUACAAGGCUAAGAACCGCCCAGCGUACAUGUUCCGCAUCGACAGCGAGCGAGUUAUCGAUGCAACCCGGUCUGGAAGCCCUGCAAGGUACAUCAAUCAUUCAUGCUCGCCGAACUGUGUGGCUGAGGUUGUGACAUUCGAGCGGGGCCACAAGAUCAUCAUCAGUGCCGCCCGCAGGAUUGAGAGGGGAGAAGAG